UACACGUGAAUAAUAAUAAGAAGAAAAAACUCCCCCGCAAAAAAAAAAACUUGCACGACCACUCGAUCGAUCCCGCCUGCCGCCCGACUAGAGAGGAAAGGUAAACCGCUGAUCGAUCUGGCCUGCCGCACGGCAAUCACGCGGCGGCUGAUCUGGAUCGUCGCGGGUGGGCUGAGGAGUGGAAGACCGCCGUCGCCGGUGGCCGGCCCGGUGUUGAACGUCGCCGUUCUCCGCAUCGACGGCCGCCUCCAACCAUCCCGACCUCCCACGCCGGCGGUUCCAACCCCGUCGUCUCCCCGUCGCGGUCGGCGGUUAGGGAAGUGGCCGGCCACGUCUUGGACGUCGCCGUCUUCCGCAACGACGCCGCGUCCGCCGCCUGUAACCAUCCGGACGUCCCACGGCGCGUAGAACACUCGUCCAAGACGCCGACGUUGACCUAACUCGUCCGCCGCCGCGGAUCCGUCAGUGUUGGUAGUAACGUGUGUUUAAAUGGACGAAGAAACCUCAUUUACGGCCGAUGAUAAUGGUACAAAUGAUGUCGGUCGGACCGAUAACGAUCCUAGUAAUGAAGAAGAUGACAGCAGCGAUAACGAUUCAUGGUCAUCAUAUGAUAUCUUACCUUCAGAGGAUUUUUCAAAUAAUGAACAUGGUGCAGACAGUGAAAACGAAGAUGUGGACGUUGGGAAUGAGCAAAAUAAUUUUGAGGAAUCGUGGGCCGAUAACUUGAGCCAGGAGGGUUCAGAUGGUCCCGAUGGUGGUGACGACGAAGCAGAGAUGGACAUUGAGGAGGCUCAAUACCAGCAGCGCGUGUUGGAGACACAUUGGAAGGUCAUGGCUAUGACUUUCCGGUCACAAGGGGAUGCAUAUAUAUUCUACAACAGGCACGCCAAAGAACAUGGGUUCAGCAUCAGGAGAGAGAAGGUGAAACGAGGGAAGGGUGCUUCAGGAAUAAUAUGGUUCAGGCGGUUUGUCUGCUCUAGGGCAGGGAGAAGGCAGAGGAAAUUCAUAACCAUGGAGGGUCGCACCCGCAGGCUUAGACCCGAGACUCGAUGCGAGUGCGGUGCACAGAUGGUGGUGAAAUUGGACAGGGCACGAGGAGUUUGGUUCGUCGCGUCAUUCGUGGAUGAUCACAACCAUGCGAUGGCUCGACCCGACGAGGUUCCUUUUUUGUGGUCACACAGACGGAUUGGAGAUGGCACAAGGGCAGAGAUACUGGCUAUGCAAGGGGCUGGAAUCAGGAAGCAUAUAAUUGUGGACAACUUCAUCAGUAGGUACGGUUCGUACGACAAAUGCGGACUUAUUAGGCGGGACGUGUACAAUCUUUGCUGCAGAGAGAAGAUGAAGCUCAUAGCAAAGGGUGAUGCUGAGACGGCAGUGGGCAUUAUGAGGAGCAGACAGGCGAAGGACCCAGACUUCUUCUUCGAGUACGAGCUAGAUAAGGAAGGGCGGUUGAAGUGUAUGUUUUGGUGCGAUGCACAGUCGCGGAGGGACUAUCAGGACUACGGAGAUGUGGUCGUGUUUGACAGCACGUAUAAGAUGAACAGAUAUGGUAUGCCGUUCGUCCCCUUCGUCGGUGUUAAUAACCACCGUUGCACAAUAGUUUUUGGGUGUGCCAUUGUUUUCGAUGAGACCGAAGCGACGUAUGUGUGGCUGCUCCAGACUUUUAUGAGGGCAAACUGUCAGCAGAAGCCAAAGUCAAUUAUCACAGACGGUGACGCUGCAAUGCUCCGAGCGAUUCGGAGUGUCCUUUCAGAUGUGCUCCAUCGUAUUUGCUCGUGGCAUAUCGAGAAAAAUAUGCAGAGGCACCUACAUUACAAGUCACUAGAUGAGUUUAGAUUGCUCCUGUACUAUGCCACCUCUGAAGAGAACUUUGAGGAGAGAUGGACCGCCUUUGUCAAUAAAUGGAAGACGGAUAAAACUGAAGAGUGGCUGAGGAGGAUGUAUAGGAAGAGGAGACUGUGGGCAGCAUCAUAUCUUUCGGAUGGCUUUUUUCUUGGUAUGUGUAGUAACCAGAGGAGCGAAAGCCUCAACUCCUCCCUUCACCUUCACCUUGACUAUGGUAUGACCAUAGUUGAUUUGGUAGUGCAUUAUGAGAACUGCAUAGUUCGCCUCCGUGAGAACGAGGCGAAUGAUGACUGUGAGGCCAAUCAGAAAGUACCACCGGCAGUUACUGAAUAUAAGGACAUUGAGGAGCAUGCUGCCAAAGUAUUCACUCCUGCUAAUUUCUACAUUCUGCAAAAUGAUUUGAAGAAGAUGGGAGAACUGGAGAUAUUUGAGACGCUGGUGGGAAUUGAGCGCCAGACCUUCAUCCUCACAUGGCAGAAUAACCACAAGUUCAGGUAUAAUGUUCUGUAUGAACCAGGUAACUCAGAAGAAACCUUAUCAUGCACGUGUCGCAGGAUGGUUCGGAAAGGGCUGCCUUGCAAACAUAUUCUCUUUGUUUUGCAUCAUCUUAAAUUGUCUGAAAUACCAAAGUGUUGUGUCCUCCAUCGGUUGUCUAAAGAUGCGAGAGAUGGGUUGCCAGCGCAACGCAAGAGUGAUCUUUUUGGUUGGGGUUGGUCUGGGCCUGAGGAGAGAGAACGGUACAGUCAAGUGAGCAUAAAAUCAGCAGAAGCUGCUCAUGUUGCAGCAAAUGACCCCUUCUUGUUUGAUGAAUUGAUGAAGUGCCUAGACGGUAUAAUAGCAAGGAAGAAGAUCCCGGAAGAGGAACUCAUAGGACGCAGAAGGUGUGCUCUAAUUGCAAAGCAGGCAAUUCAAGCGGAAGAAGUGCAGCAGGUAUACGUGAUCCUGAGAAAGUUUCAACGAAGGGUGCACCUAAGAAAGGCCGGUCAAAGGGUGGCCCUGACGUUACGAAAAAUGGUAGACCUAAAGAUUUUAGAGAGAAGAAAAGUGGUCCGUUAUGCAGUCUUUGCAAAUUUGCAGGUCAUAACAAGGCGACAUGUAGUCAAAACGAGAAGUACUGGGCGUAGAGAAGUGGCUUCGAUCAUGGGAAGAAGAAAACUGGUUGCACGAGUCAUGUUGGAAGUUGCUAUUUAUUUAUGUAAACAAGAAAACUUAAUAAGUGUUUUGUUUAUGUUUCUCAAAAUAAUUAUGUGAACAUCUAUCGUAUGUG